GGUCACACUGAUUGAAUGUGUGUCGGCUGACGAAAAAAUAUAAAAACCAUUAGAAAUAUGGAUGCUAACAAAGCUGCAGAAACGGCAGCCAAAGAGAAUGCCGCCGAUAAGGUAAUCGAGUCGAAGGCAGUGGAGAAUGCAGCGGCGGCCAUCGAGGACCGCGAUGAGCAGUCCAAAGGAGCCGAACAGGAGUCCGAUGCAACGACACCCGCUCCCGAGGACGACGCGGCCUCCGCCACCACCGCUGAUGACGUCGCUGAUAAAAAGCCCAAAGGAGACACAGCGGCAGCCCCCACCCCCGACUCGGAUGCAGGCGCAUCGGACAAAACGGAAGUAUCGCCUGCUCCAGCGAAGAAAGUGAGCAUUAACAGCAGCAAAGAUGCAAAGAAGGAGGAUGCAAAAAAGCAGGAUGAGGAUGGAAACGAUGACGAUGCCGAUGGACAAGAGAAUGAGGAAGACGAGGACGAGGAGAAGGCUAGCGAUGAGGAGAGCGACAGGACCACCAAACCUGCGGCAGAUGAUAAGCACAAAAGUAGCGACGCCACGGAUGGGGCCAAGGGCAAGGCAGCUGCGGGAACUGACAAAUCGGCCCCAGCCAAGAAGACAUUGUCCAAACCCAAAAAUGGUAAGGUGGAGAAGUCAGAGGACGAAGACGAGGAACCCGAAGAUGGUGACGAGGACGACGGACUGGAUGAGAACAAUGAGGUGGCCGAGGACGAUGAGAAUGUCGUGGCUUUGGCGGAGAUUGAUCGCAUCAAUGAGAACAUCAACAAGACUCGUGUCGACGGCCUACAGACCCUGCAUGCGCUCUGCUUUGGGGCGCAAGGCAAGAACAAUGUUGUGAAGAAGAACCUGCGCUCCUUUGCUGGUUUCGAGUUCGCCAAGGACUCGUCGGAAUACAACAAGAAACUCGAUGCCAUCAAGAAGGUGGACAACAAAGGGCUGCGCAGCAUUUGCGAGAUUCUCACAUUGGAUCGCAAAGGCAGCAAGAAUGAGAUUGUUAUGCGAGUGCUCAAAUUUCUAAUGGAGCCGGAUGAAUCGUUGUGCUUAGAGCAGGGCGACGAAGACGAGGAGGAGCCAGACGAGGACGAUCUGGACGAAGAAGAGGAGGAGGUCAGCGAGGAUGACAAGAAACGUAAGAGCAGCAAGUCGGGUGCUUCCGGCGGCAGAGGCUCGGCCCGUAAUUCCAGCGGACGUCCCCGUCGAUCAACGGCAGGCAAAAAAAUGUCUGCGUACGUUGACUUUUCUAGCUCCGAGGAGAGCGAGCACAAAGUAACGGUGGCCAAACGGAGACGCAACGACGACUCCGAGUCUGGCUCAGACUACAAUCCCUCGGCCAACUCAGAGUCGGAUGGGGGUCGUGGAGGCGGCGGUGGUGGUGGUGGUGCUGGUGCCGGGAAGGCUGGUCGCAACGUGUCUGUUCGCGGCAGCCGUGGUCGUCCCGCGCGCAAAAGUCGGCGAAGAAAUUCGGACUCUGAGGAGGAAGAGGAGUCUGAAAUAUCCGAUGCUGACAGCGAUGUGCCGAAGCGCAAGCGCGGAGCUGUCAGUGGCAAGCGUGGGCGACCGGCAGUAGCUGCCGUGGCUGGACGACGGGGACGUGGACGUGGAGCAGCUGCUCGAAAACGCAAAGAUUCCGACAGCGAGGAGGAUGACAUUUCCGAAGAUGAGGAGGAGGAGGAACUGUCUGAGUUUGGCAGCGAUCAAAGUGAGGAUGUACGCCCCAAGAAGAGUAGGAAGCCCACAACGCCAGCGAGAAAUAGCAAAGCUAACAAUAAGUCAAAACCAGCUGGAAAGGCCGAUGGUCGACCAAAAAAAUCAAAGAAAGAAUCGUCCGAGGAAGAGGAUGAUGAUAUCGAUGACAAAGAUGAGUCAGACGAGGACGAGCCACUAACCAAAAAGGGCAAAAUGGCAUUCCCAACGGAUGAGCAAAUACGCGGCUAUGUCAAAGAAAUUUUGGAUAAAGCAAAUUUGGAGGAGAUCACCAUGAAAACAGUUUGCAAGCAAGUCUAUGCGAAAUAUCCAGAAUUUGAUCUAACAGACAAGAAAGACUUUAUUAAGGCCACAGUAAAAGCGUUAAUUGCGACAUAAAACGAAGACGGGAGGCAUCUUCAAGCCGGAGGAAGGGCCAGGUCCUGUAAACAAGCAAAGCAAAAUAAAACAAACAGCGGCAGAAAAGUAACCUUUGCCACCCUUUGAAUGCUGUUUCAACACCAUCCAACGUUCGGCGUAGUUCAAGAAAAAGUAACUCUAGUUCUCCUAUAAGUAUAUGAGGAUGAUUUGUGCUCGUACAGCUAUCUGAAGUUAAUCUUAAACUCAACGACAGAGGCAUUCGCAUGAUAUCGCCGUCUGUACACUCUUAUAUAUAUUCAUGUGUAUAUAUAAACUUCUUAUUUGUCCCAGAAAGAGACGCCCCCACGCAUUCAAUUUCCUUUCUAAAAAUGGCUAUUUGUGUUCUUGACAGCUCUGCAAAAUGUGUGUAAAUUAUGCAAAAAGGAUAAAUUUGUAAAAACAAAAACAAAAUCAGUUA